AUGGAGUAUCAAAACGUUAUUAAUUCACUUAUAAACGCUGAAACCGUGACAAGCACUUAUGCUGACAUAUUUUUCAAUUAUCAUUCUUCGACAAAUAUUAAUCAAGAAGAUGCUUUAACUGAAGCAGAUAUUGUAGAAAAUAGACAAAGAGAAGAAUGGAUAUCUCCAAGCGAUCUUCUUAUAGAUACAAUAAAGUUACAUCCACCAUUUACAUCUAAAAUUACUCGAGGAAAAACACACGAAGGAAUACUAGCCAUCGGAAAUGAAAUUUUGGUGAAACAACGAGAAUUUUUUUUAAAGUCGUUAACAAAACUAUUGCAUGAAAAUGAUGCUUCUUGGGAGUAUAUAUUAAAUCAUGAAAAAGAGAAAGUAGUUAAAAAGGUGAAAUUGAUCUAUCAAAAUAUAUUUAAAAAUAAGAGUGAUAUUAUGAAACGAGAAAUAUCAUUGUUUUAUGAGUCAUCACUGCAAGAAUUAGAAAAUCAUUUAAUGUCAGAAAUUCAAUUAUUGCUUAAAACAGCUUACGCAAAUAUUAUUUCAGACUUAAAUGGACAAAUUCAACAAAAGAUGCAAGAAGAAAAACAGAAGUUAGAAACUAUUUUGAAACAAAAGUUUAUAGUUGAAGUUGGUAAAAUUAGAAAAUAUUAUUCGAUUUUGUUACAUAAUGAACGUUAUAGAAUAAAUAAGUUGAUAAAUCAAGCUAUUCAGGAGAGAAAUGAUGCUUUAAGAGCAUUUUAUAGACAAAUUGAAGCGGAAAGAAUUACCAGUACGAUGUACGUGUUAAGCUCUGAAAGAAAAAAAUGCAAAGUCCAAAAACUGGUACAACAAAUUUUACAAACUGAUGAAAUAUUAAAUAAGAAACAAACAAUUGAAGAAAAAGCUAAACUCAUUGAAGGAUUUAAGCAAAAAUACGUAGGAAUUCCUGAUAUUAAUAGGGACUGGGAGCAAAAAAUAAAGAAAAUUCUACAACUGUUUUUAAAAUUUGUCAGUUUUUCACUAAAAAUGCUACCAGAGCAAACUACGUUUUUGUUAGAUUUAGAAAAAAUGUUGAUUUUACAAUUGAAUGAAUUACGAAAAAAUCCAGUAUCGUGUACUUCAAUUUUAAUAAAUGAAGACCAAGAAACAAAUAUAUUUAAAUUCGAGGAUCCCAAACCGGAAUUACUUGUAUGUGAAAAGAAUCCCUUCAUUUUGAUAGGCGAUUUAUCUGAUCCUAUUCCAAAAGUAUACGGAAGUCGGGAGACAUUAACGUCUGAUGUAGAUUUAACGUAUUUUAGGGUCGGAAGACAAUAUGUUUAUGCGAAAUGCCACGGCUAUGAAAAUAUUAAAAAGUAUUUGGAUUCACAAAAAUGCACAUGUCGUAUUCCACGUGAAGACACGACAUCAAAAAUAACCAAUAUUAAAGAGUAUACAUCUAGCGAUGAGUUAAUAUCUCAGACAUCUUCUGAAUCAGUAAGGAAGGAUUCUUCCUUCGAAUCUAUAUUAUUAGAUGAUUUCGGAAGAAUUGAAGAUUGCCCUGUGAGAAAAUGUCAAAACUGGAUAAAAAAGUACUCUUUUCCUAAUUUAGCAUCUUACUUAGAUUACUCUGAGGAAAAUUUUAGAAGAGUAACAGCAAUACUUGGUGAUAGGCCUCCAGCAGAGACUUCGCCAAAUAUUAUACAUCCAAAAGAUAUUGCUAAAAGUGAACUGCCUUUUUCUAUUACUAAAGAACUUAACCAUAGUGUUGGUACUCAAUAUUCAAGUCAGGAAGACUUAAGCUUGAUGCAAAUGACCUGCCCUUGUGUUAAAAAUAUACUUGAACACGAAACAGAAUUCAAAUUUAAGUAUGCAUCUGAUCAUAAAUUAGAAAAUAUACUAACAAAACGCAAUAAAUCAUUAGAAAGAUUAAUGAGAAAUAAUCCAAAUUUAUUAAAAAUAUUUACAGAUGAAUGUUUAGAUUAUAAACAUUGA